AUGAAAUACAAGACAGUUAAAUAUUUAUUGAUGCUUGUACCCGAUUGUUGGGGCUUAAACCCUCUUCAUAUUGAGUACAAUUCUCCAAUAGAGUUUACAGUGUACAUGAAUGAAGUGCCUGUGCUUGUUAACAAAGACGUACAUGUCAGCAGAAAUUUUGAAUUGUUAAAGUACAGUGAAGGCUCUCUUAUUACAACUAAUGUAUCCACUCUCGAAGGGAAGGACAUUCAUGGGUCCUAUGAGGGGCAGUCAGUAGAGUGGACUCCUACUGAUGCAUGCACAACCACAUCAGAGAGGGUUUAUAGUGAUGGCUUUAUUAUCUUUAGUCAGUUCUUCUCUUGUUAUCUUAAAGGAGCAUCUGUUGCAAAUAAGGAUGACAAUGCAUACAAUAGAGUCUCUUCUGCCUUUCCUGUCUUCUCAAAGCCUAAUAACAGUGCACUGUCCUUUCUCUCCUAUGGUGGUUAUAUGUCUGGGUGGGCUGCAACCAGCACAGGAAACCUUAAAGAUAAUUUCACUAUGAUCAGAACAGGAGAGUACGGUGGACCUCUUAUUUUGUUUGAUGAAGAAAUAGAAAACUACAUCCUUUUCUCACCAUUAAAUAACUUCAUGGUGUCUAAUUGGGAAACCGGAGAUGAUUUCUUCAGUUUUGGAUUGCUGGGAAGUGUAGAAAAUGUUCCUCGGGAAACAAAUAUCAAAAAUGUUAUGGUUUGGGAUUCCAGCCUAAGAGGGGUGUUUAAAAAGUGGGGAGAAAUUCUACUGAGAGAAGGAGGAAAAGUCCUGAUUACUCCUGAUGAUGUUGUUACAGAGUACCUGGGUUAUUGGACUGAUAAUGGAGCUUACUACUACUAUAAUACAGUUCAAGGCAUGAACUAUGAAAACACAAUAGUGAAGAUUUCACAGUUCUUUAAGGAACAAAACAUUCCUGUCAAAUACAUCAAUUAUGACUCAUGGUGGUAUCAAAAAGGAAUUAACCUUGGCACUAAAACUUGGACAGCAAUGGAGGAUAUAUUCCCAGAUGGGUUGAAAAACUUGUACACUGAAACUAGUCUGAAAGUUGUUGCGCACAAUAGAUACUGGGGAAUAGAUAAUAUUUAUGCGAAGGAGAAUAAUGGGAACUAUACAUUUAUAAUUGAACAAGAAAAUAAGAGAGCUAUUCCAAAUGAUUCGGAAUUUUGGAGAGACCUAUUUAAAGAUGCAGCUGAUUGGGGUCUUGAGGUUUAUGAACAAGAUUGGCAGGACAGGCAAUUUGUCCAAAUGAACGAGACGCACACAGAUUUUAAUCUGGCUCGGAACUGGUUGCUCCAGAUGGGUCAGAGAGCUGAGGAGUCUAAUGUUUCAAUACAGUACUGUAUGACCCUACCAAGAGAAGUUCUACAUCUAUUUCCUAUUCUCAGGGUGAGUGGAGAUUACAUUCUUAGUAAGGAUAACUGGGAAAUAGGAGCUACCACUCUUCUUGCAACCAGCAUUGGUUUAGCAGCUUUUAAAAAUGUGUUCUGGACAAAUCAAGAGAAUCCAGGAAACAAGUUCUACUAUGAAUGCAUGGAGGCUAAGAACAAUACAGAUCCCAACCAACCCUGGACUCUUGAAUACAGAUAUACUGGAUACUUAAACUCUACAAGGUCAGGACAUCAAUGUAGGAGUUGGAAUGAUCUCAAUCUCAACUGGGAAUGGCCACUUUAUGAUUUAGAACGAGAUGGUUGUCGAAGUAUAUCUGGUUCUAAAUAUGCUGAUGGAAAACCUUUCUGCUUUUACAAUGCCAGCUUGGAGGUUCCUCAGGAGGACUGGAAGUGGGAGGAAUGUAAUAUUCCAAUCUGUGAAUUAAACUGUACAAGACCUGGUUUCAAUAUUGAUCUACCAAUCUGUAAAGAAUACACAGAACCUAAUCCAUUACUUCAAGCAACUGUAGCACUCUUCUCAGGUGGUGGAGUUGGGUUUGGAGAUGCUCUUGAGAAUAUUAAUGUUGAGGUUGUGAAAUCAACCUGUAGAUCCGAUGGAAGAUUACUUCAAAUAUCUCAACCUUUAAUAAUAUCACCAUUGCAACUAAACUACAUGGCAAAGAAUUGUUCCAGUGGUUGGCCACACAGCUGUGGUGGUGAGGUCUGGACAGGAAACCAAGAUGUUUCAGGAAUCAAGUUCAAUGUCAUCUUUAUUGCUGAGAACUCUAUGGCAGAAUAUGCCUCCUUAAAAUAUUUGGGGUUGGAUGAUGCAGAAGAGAAAUAUAUAAUUUAUGACAGACAGGGAUAUCUGUCUGAAAUGGAACCCAAUUCUGAUGUUUAUUUACCUACCCUGCCCUUGGAUACUUUUAAGGUUUAUCACACUUCCCCUCUUCUUGUACUUGGAUCUUGGAAUAUAUCUAUCCUGGGGGAGAUGGAGAAAAUUAGUGUUGUUUCAAAUCAGAGAAUGAAGACUAUUAGAAGAACUGAACUUACAAUAGAAGUCGAUAUAAUUGGCGGAGCCCUCGAAUCAGUGGUGUUCAGUUUAUAUUCCUGGAAAGAGAAAGCUAAGUUUGAAUGUGAGCUGAGUAUUAAUGGACUGGGUACACUAGUAUUAAACGGAGAAGACACAGAUCAAUUUAUUACUUUUUGUUUGGCGGGAAAUAUUUUGUAAAAAUUUAAAUUUUUUUUUCAUCAAUAAAUAAAUAUUAAACGAUACA